GCAGCUUCUGUGACAGGUCUUAAGCUCAAUGCUCCUAUUUCGUACUGUCUCUGAUCGGGCAGUCCUGCACUUGUGACAGGAUCUAUUUUUAUACGGUCUAUGGAUGGGAUGUAUAAGAUGCAUUGUUGCAAAAAUACAAUGAAAAAAUUUCUGUACGUGUACUCUUGGUGUACAUGUCUAAUUAACAUACUAACUGCAGGAUAUGAGCAUGUGACCCAAGUGGUGGCAGCUCCAGGAAGUGACAUCACUCUCAGCUGCCUUUUCCCUCCAAGUAAAAUUGGAAAUCCCCUCAAUGUACUGGUCACGUGGCUGCAUGGGGACACUGAGGUGGUGCACUGUUAUGACCACGGGAGUGAUGAACUGCAACGGCAGUAUCCAGCCUACAGGGGGCGCACUCGGAUGUACCCAGACCGGAUAGCAACGGGUAACGCCUCACUCAGGCUGAUGGGGGUGCGAGUGAGCGACCAUGGCACUUACACCUGCGCAGUGGACACCGAACAGAAUGGGUUCGUGGUGCAGAUUUCACUUCAAGUAGCAGAACCCCCAGUGUGCUGUGGACAGAGGAGCGGACUUACCCUUGACCUCCCUGAGGUCCGAAUGAUUUUACUUUUCCCUCUACUCAUGUUCCUGUGAAUCAGAAGACCUCCCACUAUGUUUUUUUUUUUGUUUGUUUUUUUUUGCGCGGUGGGGGGGUGGAUGUGUGGUGAUAUUGGCUGAGCAAGCAAAACUCUCUAAAACUUUUUUGGGCACAGUUUCACUACCCAGAUGUGCAGCUGCUCUGGGAUAGAUGCCAGAAUCAGUGUCUAUAUGGGUCCCAGAUUUAAUAGGAUUUAAUUUAAUAUAAUUAUCCUUCAUGGCACACAAGAACUGCCUGGACCUAGGGCUGGGUGAUAUUGAAUAUUCUUAUAAUAUUUGAUAUAAUUUUGUUGGGGAUACUAAUUAAAGCGACAUUGAUACUAUCGCAUUGUGCUUAUACUGCACGUUUAUUAUGCGGCCAAAUUAGUUUCUUGACGACGUGGCCAGUGUUUGUAUUCUUGUUAACACUGAAUGUACUGCCAGCAUUUUUGAAACGGUCUAAAGUACUUUUUCUGUGUCUCUUUAUUGAGCAGAACUGUUUCCCUUAGGAUGCCUUAUUUACUGUAGCAUUAUUAGUUUUGCAUGGCAGAAACUGGAUUGACUUAAAAACCUAGAGUUGCUGAAGCUUGCCUUUCACAGGGGUCAGGACUCAUGCACAACAACAUAAAAGGGAAUACUUGGAAACAUUACUCAAAUAUUGAGUGGGGUCCCACAGGAACUGAGCUAUUCCUUUAACCCAUUGAACAGUAAGCUUUUUACGAAAUGUUUUUCAAAAUUCUAAGUCAGUGUUUUGACUCCAUUUAUUUCAAUUACCAGUAGUGAUUGUUACAUCAGCAUUAAAAUGUCCGAUUACACUACAUGGCCAAAAGUAUGAGCACACCCCUUCUAAUUAGUGGGUUCAGCUACUUCAGUCACACCCAUUGCUACAGGUGCAUAAAAUCAAGCAAACAGCCAUGCGAUGUCCAUUGGCAAACAUUAGAAGUAUGUAUGGCUGUAGAAUGGGUAGUACUGAAGAACUCAGUGCCUUUCAACGUAGCACAAGAAAUGUUCGUCAAGGGCUUUUCUUGAAAUGGGUUUCCAUGGCCGAGCAGCCGUGCACAAGUCUAAGAUCACCAUUUGCAGUGCCAAGCGUUGGCUGGAGUGAUGUAAAGCACACCGCCAUUGGACUCUGGUGCAGUGGAAAUGCGUUCUCUGGAGUGAUGAAUCACAGUUCACUCUCUGGCAGUCUGAGAUUAAUCUGGUUUUGGCGAAUGCCAGGAAAACGCUACCGGCCCAAAUGCAUAGUGGGAGCUGUAAAGUUUGGUGGAGAAAGAAUAAUGAUCUGGGGCUGUGUUCUAUGGUUUGGGCUCCUUCGUUUCAGUGAAGGGCUAUCUUAAUGGUACGGCAUUGACAUUCUAGAGAACUGUGCGAUUCCAACUUUAUAGCAACAAUUUGGGGAAAGCCCUUUCCUGUGUCAGCAUGACAAUGCCUCAGUGCAUAACUCAAGGUCUGUAAAGAAAGUUUGGUGCUGGUUUACUUGAAGUAUGUAAGUACAAUAUGUAAGUUUUUUUUUGUUUUUUUUUUUUGUUCAUA